AGAUCAGACCAGCUGGCUGUGACGCUGCAGGCAGGCAGCGGCAGCAGGUGUGGACGCUCAGUGCCUUCUUUUCUUUAUUUUGGUGUGAUUACUGGCGCCUGCACACUCACGCCAUGACGUGUGGUUAGACUGAAGCUGGUUCUUGUCCAGGUCCGGGUGUGAGCCUGUCUGUGCGAUUCUCUGUCGAGAUGUCAUCUUUGGAAAAGGACGGGACCUUCAGUCAGCUCAAUAAGUUUGAGAAACUGUCGUGGAGGCCCUCAAUUCGCGACUCAGGUUUGUAAACAAAACGAGCAGAACCUGCAAGAACGAGCUGCUUGACAGCCUGUAGAGCAAACUGUGAGCCUGGGGUCAGUGUAGGUAACGAUAGUAAGAGUCAACCAAGUCUUUGUGUACACCAGCGUAUACGAGCUGCUGCUGACUGUGUGUCAUUGCUAACUGCAGGACAGAGGCCAAAGAGGCGAGCUAACGCUGCUACGGAAGCUAGGAGGAAUCAGUGGUUCUAUCAUGUAUUCAGUCAAUGGGUUGAAUAAACCCCCAGCAGGCUUCUACAGCGAUAUCCUUCCUUUGUUUGCUUUUGUGAGAUUGGUAGGUAGAGACAGAAAAUCUAGAAACAGCCUUCAUGGAGGAGACCCACCAGAUUCCCACCACUAAUCCUGCUCGGACAACAACCACGGUUUCCAAACACUCGUUAGUUUUUUGUUUAACUCUUUCAUUUUUCAGGUAAAAGCCACUAUAGUUCUCUUUACAACAGCUGUGAAAGAGUUGAGUUGACCUGUGCUUUCAUAGAUCUGAAAGUCAUGAGUGUGAGUCCAGGCUGAAGUGGACAAAAGGUUUCUUCACAAGGUUGUAAAUGGAGACAGAGUCAGCCCACAUGAACUACCAGACCCUUUAAAAAGAGCCACUGAAAAGUAAAUCAUGAUCUGUUCAUUAUUAUUUUGAACCAAAGACUUUUAGAGGAGCUUCAUCCUGAUCAGGAUCACAAAUUGCAUUGUUUUAGCCACUAAAAUCUAUGCUUUAUCUUAACUGUACAUAUUUUUGUGUUUUAUUAACAGGCUCCAAGAAGCGGGCACGGUGGCUUCAGGCUCGGCGCAUCUUCUCCCCUUCUUGCCCGAACCUGCGGAUCCCCAACAGGUUCCUUAGAGAAGGUACAGAAAGUGCACAACGUCCGUAUUGUCUCUCCCUAUUGUCUCACUGCAACAGAAACCCUCUCUCACUGCAAAGCCCCACAUGUCGGCGUUCAUUUUCCUCUACCAGCUGACAUAUAAGCUCCACCCGGUGUUAAAACAUCCAGGUUGUCCUUUCAUUUUUGUUUACUUGGAUAAACCAGCUUGUCUGGUAUUUUUAACCACUUCCCUAGGAUGCAUUAGAGGCCCACACAUAAGUAUAUUUUUAAUGUGUUUAAUUCUUUUUCCAAUCACUUCAGUCCUUACUGAGAACUUUGUCUGUGUUGUCUUUAUCCUUCUUACAGGACACUGUGCCCCCCCAGCCCGGAGCGGACACCGCUGUGUUGCAGACAAUGCCAACCUCUAUGUGUUCGGAGGAUACAACCCAGAUUUUGAGGAAGCAGGCGGCUCAGAGAACGAAGACUACCCUCUUUUUAGAGAGCUUUGGCGGUUUCACUUUGCCACAGCGACUUGGCAGCAGGUCCGAACAGAGGGUUACAUGCCCACAGAGUUAGCCUCUAUGUCAGGUAAGGACCUGGGUGAGCCCCUUUAUUUUAUUUUUUUAAUUUUCUUUUAUAUUGAUUUCACAUAUCAAUGUUCUAUCAACAUUUUACAUAUAUUGAACAAAUUUCCAAGUUUGUAGCCUGAACCAAGGGUAUCAAUAAUCUACAAUACACAAUACCCUUACUGCACAAAGUCUGCUCUCAACUGAGACACGAAGUCAUCCCAGUUUUUCCAGUAGUUUUAAUCGUAUCUGUUUUCAAUCUAGAUGAGAAAGUCAGCUUCUCCAUUCUAUAUAAAGAUAUGCACUUUUUAUCACUCAGAACAAGCGGUGUCUUAACUAAAAGUGCACUGUGGAAUUUUGGCUGGGAGGUGGUCUGAAGAGCAAUGUUUAGACUGGAGAUCAAGAGUCUACUUCUUUGUGAAUCUUGUGAACACAGUCACAGGAUGAACAUAACAGGAUGAAUUUUUAUAACCUACUGGAAUAAUGACGAUCAGUGGACAGGCCCCUUCACACUGCGAUUGUGGUGUUACCUCUCAUGUUAAAUGUAAGCCUGUUUACACCCCUCAUGUUGUUCAGGGGGUUACGGGGUUCUUUCAAACAUUCAGAAAGUUUAAAUAUGUCCUAAAGUGUUUCCAAAAUUACAGCUGUGGAUGAAAACUGCAGCAUGAAGGAAUUCAAACACGAGGCCAUAACGCUAAUUAGAGCUCAGAGAUGCACAGUGAGAACCACUAAACACAGACCUGUUUGACAAAAGAUAGCCAGCAGGGCUAUUUUUAAUGCUUUAUCUACACAUUGUCUGUUUGCACUUUGUAAGAUGUCAAACAUGCACUAUUCAUAAAAAAGACAGUUCACGCUGAAUGCGUGUUUGCUUAGUUUGUUCCAGGUCAAAGUAAGUCAAAGUAAAAAAGUCCUAUCUAAUGGAAAGUUUGCUACACUUUAGUGAUAAACCUGUAAAAAAUUGCUCCUCGUUUCACAGAUCUUUUUAUAGUGUGUCACUGCGUAUUGAUCUGGUGCAAAUCUCCUUUGUGUUUUUGUAGAUUUAAAAAACUGUUAUGAAGAUUAUAUCCAGAUGAAUAAAUCAUAGUAGACUGAUUAUUGUUGAUUUAUUUUCUCCAUCAGCUGUCUUACACGGCAACAACCUGCUCGUAUUUGGCGGCACUGGGAUUCCUUUUGGUGAAAACAACGGCAAUGAUGUCCAUGUCUGCAAUGUUCAGUAUAAGCGAUGGAAUCUGCUCAACUGCAGGGGGAAGAAACCCAAUAAGAUUUAUGGGCAGGUAACAGUGUUUGUCUGUCUCUCUACAGCUGGUUUAGAUCAAACUGUAGUUCUAAAGGCCACUCUCUUUGAUCGCUCUGUUUUCCUCCAACAAACCUUCAUCAGGCUAUGGUCAUCAUUAAUGGCUACCUCUACGUGUUCGGAGGGACAACCGGCUACCUUUACAGCACUGACCUUCACAGGCUGGACCUGACCACCAGAGAGUGGACCCACCUCAAACCUAACAACGCACCCUCAGAUCUACCUGAGGAGAGGUAAGACAACAGACAGAUUUGAAUAACAACUAUAGAAGCGACUUUUUUUUAACCUGCGCAGAACUAGGCUGAAAAUCACUGCUUGGUCUCACAGGUACAGGCAUGAACUGGCUCAUGAUGGACAGAGAAUAUAUAUUUUAGGAGGAGGGACUUCCUGGACAUCUUAUUCCUUGGACAAGGUUAGAAGGAUGGAGCACGUAUAUAAUGUUUGAUAGAAAUGAUCCCUCUCCACUUCAUUUCAUCAGUUAAACUCUGUCUCUUUAUCAGAUACAUGCGUAUAAUUUGGAGACCAACUACUGGGAGGAAAUUGUCACCAAACCUCAUGAAAAAAUAGGUUUGUGUUUUAUUAUCACCUUUCCUCUCUGACUAUCGCACUGGAAGAUUUAUUUCACUUUUGUUCACAUCACCUUUUGCAGGAUUUCCUGCUGCCCGCCGCUGUCACAGCUGUGUGCAGGUCAAAGAUGGUGAGAAGGAUUUUCACACAGUAUAACAUGCACACACACAUCAUUGAUUUAAAGCAGGCUUUUCAACCAUGUCUCAUUCUGUCCACCCACUCAGAGGUGUUUAUAUGUGGGGGCUAUAAUGGAGAACUGAUCCUCUCAGACCUGUGGAAGAUCAAUCUGCAGACUUUUCAGUGGACCAAGCUGCCUGCCGUGAUGCCAGAACCAGCGUACUUUCACUGUGCUGCGGUCACACCGGUCAGUAAAACAUCAGUCCUGUACUGUAAUCCAAAACCUAUCCUGUUAGCAGCUCCAGACCAGCUUGUCAAUAUGAAUUCAUCAUCCAGUGUUAUCUGGUCUAAAAAAAGCUAAAUCUUCUAACAUGAUUAUUAUUUCUUGGUGGUUGCAGGUUGUAUUAGGGACCCAUGGCUUGACUUAAUAUCUUUGGCCAGUCAAAUGCAUACAGUGAUGAGAAUUCAAAGGUUUUUGUUGCUUUAAAGGGAUAUUCCGUCGUAAAAUUAAUUUAGGGUCAAACACACCGUAACACCGAGUUAGACACCCCCUCAAGAGAUGAAUGUUGCUGACCGCUUGCUUCUCUAGUUAGACCAACUUUCGUAACGACUGCAUGAUAGCAAUACACAGCAGUCUGAGGAGCCAUAAACAAACUUCAACCAAAAAGCCACUCUAUAGCCACAAAUAAUGCUCAGAACAGCACCUAACUUCAUCAAAAGUACAUAUAGGGUCCCAGCCAUAAUACUAGCCAUCAAACAUCUUUUUAACUUUGCCUGAUUUCUUCAGCAAAGAGACUAAACACAACUCACUCACUCUCUUCUAGCAGCCGCUUGUUUGUAAUGAGACCUCGGGCCAGUCCAUUACGGACCACAGCAGGGUGACGCAGCUCAAGGAAGAACAUUUAUGAUCAUUUCUUCAUGGAAAUGCAAUCAGACCGAGACGCUAAGGCAGAAGAACUACCGCGUCUGCAAAAUGAUUAAUAUUCAUCUCUCAUAACAUUCAUCUCUCGAGGGGGUCUCUAACUCGGUGUUACGGUGUGUUUGACCCUAAAUUAACUUUACGCUGGAAUAUCCCUUUAAGUGAAUACUAAUAUAGUGUUAAUUGAAAAUGGGUAACUAAGAUGGAUUAAAAUGAAACAUUUUCAUAUUUUAUUUUCUAGCAUCUUUUUGAGAGUAGAAAUGUAAAAAAAUUCUCAAGUUGCUGUCAUCAAGUCUACACUUUUGUACCUAUUUUUCAUUGAUGAUUUUUAGGGUUGGUGCGUUGCAAAGGAUGUUCACAGAUGCCUGAAUUCUCACUACUUGUGAGUUUUUAUGUAUUUAGAAACUGUCAUGAGAACUGCAACUGUAAAAGAGCUGUGUACCAGUACACACUUCAUUUUCCAUGGGUUCUUAAAUGUUUAGAGACCUGUAAAAGAAGUUUUCACACAAUUUUUGUUAAAACCUGAUAUCAAGAGUUUUGCAUUUGGGCUUUUUGAGAAAAAAAAAAACUUUUGGUGGUUGAUUCUCUAACUUCUAAUUUCUGCUCUCUUCCAGGCGGGCUGCAUGUACGUCCAUGGCGGAGUGGUCAACAUGUCCGGCAACAAGAGGACUGGCUCCUUGUACAAAGUGUGGCUGAGGGUGCCCAGCCUGCUGGAACUGACCUGGGAGAAACUGCUGAAAACCUUCCCUCAUGUAGCCCAGCUGUCCACCCUUCAGCUGCUCAGCCUGGGACUGACACACACGCUGAUUCAGCGGCUCAAGUAGAUGGAGCUCAGAGACUGGAGGAGGACCGCAUGUGAUGGGACUGCAUCAACACUAAAAUGACCCAGCAAAAACGGAUUUCGUGAGGAUGGAGAAAGUCUGAUGAUGUCAUGAAAAAGGUUUUGAAUGCCUUUUUAACUUUAGCCUUUGGUAGAUGAGUUUUUUUUUAUUGUUUUUAUCUCAUGUGUGUGUCUGAUCAGUUUCUCUGUAGAGGAAUGUGUCAGAGUUGACUUUGCACACAUCCAUCAGAAGCUGUCACUCUGCUCCUUCCUUGAACUCUACCUACUCCAGAAGUUUCCUGAGUUUUGGGUCCACUAUUUUUUUCCUGUUUUCAUUUUUUUAUUCUUUUUUGCAACACAACUCUCACAGGAGUUAGCUGUGCAUGAGUGGGAGCAAUCCAUUGCAAAAAAAAAAAAACUUCUUAAAAGGCUAAAUGAAUGUUGCUUCUGCUUGUGUAUUUGUAGCUUCCCCGCAGAUUAGCUGGAUUUUCUGUCGCUGCAAAGACAACACGCUGCAACCCACUUUUAUACUUAUUUCAUGUUCAGUCAGCUGCUUCUACAUUCACUGUGAGAUGAUCACAUAGGAAAAUUACUGAUAUAACCUUAAAUGUCCAUUUUGUGAAUCGAAAAACAGCCAAACUCUCUAAAGCACAAGUGACACUGGCUGUACACAGUCGAGCGUUAAAGUAGGUGUAUUAUUUGAAAAUAACUAAGUCUGAAAAUAACGUUUUGAUUACAGCAUCUUGGUUAACUUGAAAAUUGCUCUUUUGAAUGGUUUGAUUAGGCCCUGUGAUUGUUACUAUGGCGUCACUGUGACACUUGUGCCUCUUCGUUUUUUAAAGCAUGAAGAUUUGGACAUGAAUCGUUAUACCUGUUGCUUCACGGUGAUCCUCGAGCCUUUUUGUUUACUCAUUUAGUGCCUUCUGUAUUUCCAAAUUGAAAACGCUUUUGCUUUUUGUGUCUGUUGAUCGGUCUUUUUCAGGUUGUUCCUUUUUUUCCAUGACCUGCACAUGUAGCUUUUCUACCGGGCUCUUUACAGAUGAGCCUUUUAUGACUGGUUAAUCUAUUCAAGGACCAUCAGGACAUACUACUUUACUUAAAAAAGUUUGUUACAUAUUUAUUUAAAUCACUCUGCUUUUGUUUUUAUGAUUAUACUCUGAAUUGUAGCAGAACUGCAUUGUUUUCCUCCUGAGUUUAGUCUCGUUUUACUUGCUGACUUUUGCCUGAAAUCCAUUUUUACCUUUUAUUACUGUAGCAUAGGCUGUAUUAUUUUUUAUCUUUUUAAUUUUUUCACUCAUGGUCUUGUUUUUCUGAAGACUGCUGUUGUGCUGUGGUACUGAAAAGAUAGUUUGUAUGGGGCUUUGUUAUCUAGUAACGAGGUAGAGCACAUACAGUGCACUCAGGUUGUUUGAUACUGUGAUCAGACUCAGUCUGCAGGGCUCUGCAAACAAACAAGACUCAGCUGUUUAUGUGAGCCUCGAUAUGGGUUUGUUGAGAUCUUUGGUCACUGUGGACUGUAAAUCUUAAAACUUUAAAUUCCCAGCCGCUUGAGUGGAGUCGAGUUUGCCUUUUUUUUUACUCAUCUUCUUUCCUUUGAGUUUAAAUUUUCCGCAAUAGUUAAUUUCACACAUUCACUGUAAUUGUUGGCACACUGCUAGACUCACUCACCUGAAACUCUGUGUCAUAGAACUCAUAUUUAUAUCUUCUUGUGAAGCAGCAGUCUGCUGCAGUAUGCGCUCUGACUUGAUAAGUGUAAUGCCUCGCUCCAGAUAGAGAGGUUAAUAUUUGCAUCAUUUUUGAUGUUCAAGUGAAAUGGUCUCUUUUGCAUGUCAGUAUGGUGUGCAUGUCACUUUACAUAAAACUCUUGGGAGAGAAGGUGAAUGUCUCCUCAAAGGCACUUGUGGCUGUAAUGUACAGUAUGUUUUGUAAUUCCUGUCUGUACAAACAAUAAAGACACAGACAGCCCAUUUUUCAAAAUGUU